UAGUUUCUCAUAGGAUGCACCUAGGUCUUUUUAGCUGGCUAGCACGUGUACGUAUAUUGUUUAUUGUAUGUACAUACAUUUUCGUGAUAGACUGUUUAUUGUUCUGUAUCGUCUGCUGAUUUGUCAGCCUCGCGCGCGCUAAAACAUUAUUUUGCCAUUCUUUCCCCCCAUUUCGAUCUCCUAUGUAAGACAGCGGAGAAUUGUGAGGAGCUAAUAUAUCUGCAAGCAAGAAAAGUGCCACUUUCAAAACGUUAUUACUGUGUGUCAAAGGAUUAAUAAAACGCGUGAUAUUGUUCUAUUUCUUACUCGGAUAUAUUGGACUUUGACGUGUUUUCCAGUUUUUUGGAAAAAUAAUACAAAACGAUCAAUGUCCGGUUUAGUGAACAAAAAACAUGUCCACCCGACGGUUCUCCAUUGACCUUUCCGCCGGCGUUGGAAUAGGUGGUAUUCCCCGUAGCCGCCGUUCGUCGGUAGACUUGAGCGCCGGUGUAGGAUCUUUCAGCCGCCAGCCCGCCUACGAGUACAACCAGGGACCGGCAAUACCCAGCAUCAGCCUUCCCCUCAGUCCCUCGUCACACGUCAUCCCGACCUUUGACCUUUAUAGCCCUUCGUCCGCCGCCUCCAGUCGUCGCGGGUCCAUCGACUACAGCGCCGGAGUAGCUGCUCCUACGUUUGAGUAAAUGACGACAGACCAAGCAGGAUUUUCACAAUCUGGCAUUUGUGGGCGUAUACUCACACGAAUAAUCUUCUAUCUUGCUGGAAUGUUCAGAAGUUACUUUAAAUUUCAGCCGUCAGGGGCGCGGGAUUACGGUGGUGGAGGUGGUUCCGGAAGUGGUUAUUCAUCGAACAAGCGCUAUGGCUCCUCUUACGACAUGGGAACCAGCCGUGGUUACGGCGGAACGGGGACCAGCAAAUACGGCGGCAGCAGCGGCUACGGCGGAAGUAGCUAUUUAAAUACCUCUUACGGAGCACCUCGGACGAGUUACAGACAAUCGAGUUACGAGCCUCGUAUAACUCCUUACAUUUCCGGUGGUUCCGUAAUGGAUCGUGUCAAACAAAUUAACCCCGGUGACUCGCGGGGAGGAAGUUACACUCCGUUGACAAGCCGCCGUGCGCAACAGCGGGACUAUGGCGGCGGUGGCGGCGGUAUGGAUAAAUAUUCAUCGCGCAGUGGAAGUGAUUAUAGUGCUAACAAUAGUUUAAACAGAUCAGGAUAUUUAUCAGACUAUGGCGGAAGUAAUCCGUCGCUGUACAGUUCGUGGGACCGCACCUCGUCACGUGGUCGCUAUGGCGGCGCGAGUAGAGAGACGUCGCCAGUAAGUAUCCGGGCGCCACCCCGACAGUACGACUAUAGCAGCAGCGCAUCACCCUCGCCUUAUUCGACCUACCGGCGAGGGUCAGAAACCAACAGGUCGCCUAGCUUGCAGAACCGAGUCGAGCGGCAAAACUCCUCCCGAUCGGACCUAUACGAGGAAUCACCGCCUCGUCCGCGCCGGAAAUGGGAGGAGGGCGUAUAUGGGGUGGCAAAGAAACAAGAGGCGCCCCGGGACACGCUUCCGGAGCCAGUUCAACCGCCUCCUAAAGACUACUCUACGGACUCUGAUGAAAGCGCUCCGGAAGAAGACAAGCCUCACGUUGCUAGGUAUCUUAUGAGCAGGGGAACGUCCCCUAUACCGGAGCCCGGCACAAGUAAACGAGAACGGCGGUCGAGAGAUAUGUCCUCCGCAAUAAGUAGAGUAAAAAGGGUAAAGUGUCCACAAAAGGACGCUCGUGUGAGGAAAAAUGAGUUAAAGCGCCGGCGCCUAGUGGAUUGUGCUACACAGACUAACUUAGACGAGCAAGCGCCGCCUCGCAGGUCACGACAGGGUGGUGCUGAAAACCGCGCCUCGAGGGACGAUAUUGCAAAAAUGGCGGCAAUGGCUCUUCUGGCAGCAGAAGAUAAAUCCCCAGGGGAUAAUUUUUACAAACAGCGUGAGAAGUUUCAGCAGGCUAACUCCCCUAUGUCGCCUCCUUACAACAGACGACAAGGGACAAGUUUUGAUUAUGACCCGCCAAAACAGAAGGCAGAAACGCGCGGAUGGAGAAAGUCGGUCUACGAUGACAGUCAACCUGUGAAACAGCGAAAUGAAGCGCCUGCUGACAGAGACUCGCGGUUUGCAGAGAAUCUUGAAGUUCCUGACGAGAAAAGUUGGAGAAAGGCUGUGUACGGCGAGCCAACGCCGGCGCCGCUCGGUCGGUUGAAACAUUAUCAGACAGAGGAGGACUUGAGAUCGGCCGUGGACGGUCCUCGACCGCAUUGGCGGCCCAAGACCAGUACACCGGCACGGCCGCCGAUAAAAGAACAGGACAGUACAGAGUCACCAGCGGAGGACGCCAGGCCAACGACUCGACAAAACCGCCGAUCCGGGUCGGAAGUUGAAAAAAGACGGUCGCUACAGUCCGAGGUUGAAAAGAGACGGUCGCAACAGUCCGAGGGUGAAAAGAGGCGGUCGAGAAAUGAAUCAGAAGAUUACCGGCGGUCUUCAUCGAGGGAUAGCAUUCUGGAUGAUAAGCCCCACAGAAGACAAAAACGGACGUCGAGUCGUGAGCUGUUGGAUGAUGAGGAGUCGCAACAGAGCGGGCGGACGGCAUUGACGCCAGAUACCCUCUCUCUAAGAGACAGCAUUGAGAAAGUUCAAAGCUGGAAGCAGAAAUUACCACCAAGCGUACAGGAUCAGCAUCUGAAGGUAGAUAGGCACCCGGAGGGCGGAUUACCCAAAAGUGAUUCAGGGGAGUACUUUUCAGCUCAGGAGCACAAUGGUGCUGGACACGAGGGCGGCGGGAAGUACCGUGAACAGAAGUACGCCCAGCAGCAUUCACCAAUGUCGCCUAGUUAUGAGCAGCACAUGUCGGAGGAAGAUGUCCUUUCACCUGGUGGCCACCGCCGGAAGCGUGGUAAUCGCCACCUUUCAAGGGAGCUCUCACUCGAGAGCAGUGUAUUUGACGAGGACCGUUCGCACCACCCGGUAAAUAAGGAGAAACUGAGGAAAUCGGAGCUGAAUAGGUCCGCUGAGAAAGAGAGACAGGACCAAGAAGACUUAGAACGCCGGCGUCGAAUAUAUGCUGGCGAGGAUCCCGCUGUGGUUGAUGAAUACCUACGUCAACGUAGGGUCGACGUCAAAUCUCCGGAACAUUUCUUUCGCGAUGAGUCUCCAAAUCGACGUCGCUCGCGUUAUAGCUCACGCCAUAACUCGCGUGAGGACAUGCUCGACGAAAAACGGCCACGGUCGAAGAGGGAAUCCGACCCGCAUGCUAGCGACAGCUCGCACCACUUUAACAAGGAGGGGUCCCCGAACCGACCGGGAUCCCGCGACAAGAGACGCAGUCGGCAUAGCUCCCAAGAGGGGCUGCUGGACAGGGACCACCAGCAAUACAUGCGACCCCACAGCAUGGUGGUCUCCAACGAAAGUCUCGCGAAGCUGAGCGCCGCGGAAUCAAUACCGUCCAUGCAUUCCGCGCACACCGAGGACGGAACAAUCAGGAACUCCAUGCAGUCCAUCGAAUCAAACGAGGUGCAGGAAAUACCCUCGGAUGAGCAACUUCCUCAGUCCACCUCCUACCAGUCGAUGGCGUCAUCGGGAGGUUCACUUCCGGAUAUCGUUCCCGACGACGGCGCUCCGAGAGAACAACAAAUUUCGAAACAGAGCACAAAGAAAACUCACUCAAAACGUACAGGUCUCAUAGGGCAGAUGGCAGACAUCGACAGCCUCCUCAAUUUCAGUCCGAACGAAGAGGAGUUUGUUGAGAAGGGGGUGGGAAUUAAGGAGAUCGUCCGUCAGAACAAACACAUCAUGGACGCACCCGUUCCCCGGGACCCCUCGCCCCUGAGGCCACAAAAAUCUGAGGAGAAGCUUAUUGACAUUGACGAGCCUGUUUCCGUUUCGCCGCUGGCGGCCCCGCCCAGGAGAUCUGCGGGCGAGGGCGGCCGGAAGUCCACAUCUCCGCUCCCCAGGAUAGCCACCGCUGGUAACGUCAGCCAGACCGGCAAGGAGAUGUGGGAUCUUCUCAAACGCAAGAAGGGUCUCGUCGUUAUUAGCGACAUCCUGGAGCUGUGCGAGAAGCCGAAGAAGCGGUUUAUCCGGGUACCGGGCGCGCGGGAGGAAGACGAUAGGAGCUUCCGGGGAUACGAGACCGCCAACGAGAUGCUCGAUAACCUGCAGGUCGACACAAAUAAGCUUGAGGACUGUGCGCUGCAGAUAUACCGAUACCAUAAUGGCACACAGGGCGACUACACAACCUACCUUGAUCUCGAAUCCACCAUCGAUGAACAGGCGGAAGACCUUGAGGGAUUCCAGGACCAUUACACUUCUGCCAGUCCAAAACCAAGGCGGAAGAACGCGCUUAUCCUGCGAACCCAGCUGACAGUCCGAGUACAUGCUGUGAUAGAAAAAUUGCUGAAUUCCAGUGGGCGGGAACUACGCCGUGCCUUAUUCUCUCUCAAACAGAUCUUUCAGGAUGACAAGGACCUGGUGCAUGAGUUUGUGAACAACGAUGGGCUGGAAUGUCUUAUCAAGGUCGGAGCAGAGGCCGACCAGAACUACCAGAACUACAUACUCAGAGCUCUUGGCCAGGUGAUGCUGUAUGUUGAUGGUAUGAACGGUGUCAUCAACCACAAUGAGACCAUACAGUGGCUGUACUCUCUACUUGCAUCAAAGUUUCGGUUGGUGGUGAAGACGGCUCUGAAGUUAUUGCUGGUGUUUGUGGAAUACACAGAAACCAACGCCCAACACCUUGUACGGGGAGUGACCACGGUCGACAAGAAAAGAAUGGUGAAGGUGUGGACUAACGUGAUGUCUAUCCUGGAUGAGAAGGACGGCGGCGACUCCGAGCUGCUUGUGUACGCUAUGACUCUUAUCAACAAGGUAUUGAACGCAGUUCCGGACCAGGAAACAUUCUAUGAUGUGACAGACGCCCUUGAAGAGCUGGGGAUGGACCGGAUCACCCAGCGAUACAUGAAGAGGAAGGGGGCAGACCUGGACCUUCUAGCACAGUUCCAACAAUAUGAGACUGCCUUGAAGGCUGAAGACGGGGAGGAGGAUGAGGUUGGGAACCUUGACAGUCUCCGACGCACUCCGCGGAUCAAGGCGGGGGGUACCGCUGAAAGGAAGAGUCGGCGGUUCUCUACAGGGGUGAUGCCUGGGAAGGGUGAACAGGGGGGAAUGAGCAAGCAGAACAGCGCACCCAUGCUGCAGGAUGUUGACAGGAAAGCUGCUGCGGACUAUUUGAAGCGAAAAGCAAGGCUGGAUGAGCGAGGAGCCUUGAUGCCGGCAGAACAUGAGCAAAUAGACCAGAUGCCAGACAAGGCGAGGUUCCGCCACUUGCACGCUAUCGACAAUACCGCCGAGGAACCGUACAUGAAUGGCUCCGGGAAGGCCUUGGAGGCAGUAAGUUCAGAAAACAAGGAUUCUCCCUCACAAGCAGAUUCACUCCGCAAUAGACGAGAACGGCGUGCACGCCAGCGCGACUUUUACCGAGCACAGGAAAUCGGUGCACCCCAGUUGUCAACGGUUUCCGGUGAUAGAAUGUCCAUAGCAAGCACCUCUUCCACGAGUACAUGUAGUAGUAACAGUAGCAUGCCUGUUGUCGUGGAAACACGGGCCGACACUAAACAGUACUCGUCAUUGAGUUCGCUCAGUGAUGCCGAAUCUCUGGACAUACAAAACCAAAAAAUGGGCCGAGAGCCUCCAGACAAGCACAUCCACCCAUCACGUGUGCACGAGGAGUCCGGCUACCAGUCUACAGACGACCUGGGUCGCUCAAGGGGAGAAAACUCGUAUAAUGAAUCUCAGCUGCAGAACGGGGAUGAGCAGGAACAGGGCAUGUCGAACAAUCACCGCUGGCUCAUGUAUAAAAUGCAGCACAAAGACGAUGACACGAGUCAGAGCUCAUUUGAAAAACAAGAGCAGCAGGGUGGUGUUGUAGUUAACGAUCGGACAGGACAACAUGUGCAGGAUAAUAAAAGUGAUAACCAAAAUUCUCAGUUGGAUAAUAAGCAAGAGGGUGAUAAAAAUAAGGUGAAGUCUGAGUUAGAGCGGUUACACGGGCGUAAGGCCGACAUUGAAGAGGGACCAAAGAAAACAACAGGGCCGGCGGGAGAUAAGUCGGGGCUUAUUAGUCAACGCCUCGAAAGUCUCAAUAAAAAACAUGAACCUUCUAGGGUUGAGCCAGUCAUUCAUAAACCUGAUGUCAAUUUGACAGAAAGUGACCUCCAGUGGGAGAGAUUACAGAAACGGCUUAAUCGGUCUCUAAAAAUUAACGAUAUGGAUUUUACAGACUUAAAAGAUACAGAUGAUGAAGAUGUGUUUGCUCCUCCAAAGUUAGACUUUGGUGAAGGGGUUCCGCCCCCUCCCCCCGUUCCAGGGAUUCCCCCACCCCCACCUGGUAUGGGACCCCCACCCCCACCACCUAUAAUGGGAGUACCACUCCCACCACCCAUGGGGGGCCCUCCUCCACCCCCUCCAUUCGGCAGUGCUCUACCCCUACAGACAAUGUCCAUAGACCUACCCCCACCCCCUGGGGCUAAUCUUAAAAAGAACAAAAAGACCCUGAAACUCCAUUGGAAAACUGUUCAACCUGAACAGCCACAUGUGUCAACCAAAGGGGUGACAAUUUGGAAGGACAUGGUACCGGUGAAGGUGGACCCAGAGAAGUUGGAGCACCUGUUUGAAACUCGGCAGGCUGAGCUGAAACAGAAGCGCCAAGAGGCCACUGGAAAGAAAGAGAUUACUGUUCUUGAUCCGAAGCGAUCCAACACGAUCAACAUCGGUUUAACAGUUCUGCCACCUCCCAGGACAAUCAAAGCUGCCAUACUCAAGAUGGAUAACUCUAUCAUGAACAAGGAGGGAAUUGAGAAGAUCCUGACCUCCAUGAUCCCGACGGACGAGGAGAAAGCAAAGAUCCUGGAAGCCCAGCUAGCAAACCCGGAUAUUCCGCUGGGACACGCGGAACAGUUCCUUCUAACCCUGUCCUCCAUCAGUGAGCUCUCGUCACGACUCAAUGUCUGGCUGUUCAAGCUGGAUUAUGAGAAUAUAGAGUCGGAAAUUGCGGAGCCAUUGAUGGACCUGAAGAAGGGGAUGGACGAACUCCAUGAGAACAAGACGUACCGUUACAUCCUCUCUGCCAUACUCACUGUGGGGAACUUCCUCAAUGGAGCCCAGGUGCGAGGUUUCAGUAUCGAGUACCUGGCCAAGGUUCCGGAGGUGAAGGACACUGUGCACAAACACUCCAUCCUGCAUCACCUGUGCACCAUCAUCAUAGAACAGUUCCCGGAUAGCACAGAUCUGUACUCAGAGAUAGGAACCAUUACACGCUGUUCUAGGAUGGACUGGGAUGAGUUGAAGCGUAAGCUGGACCAACUGGAGAGUGACUGUAAAGCCUCCUGGGACAACCUGCGAGCCAUCAUCAAACACGACGGGUCCUCUAACUCACAGCUCAAGUCCAAGAUGUCAGAGUUUUUGCGGGAUGCAGCUGAGCGUAUCAUGAUCCUUCAGAUUGUUCAUAAACGGGUUAUAAACAGGUAUCACAAGUUAUUACUCUGGAUGGGCUUACCAGUGUUCCAAGCUAAGGACCUGAAGAUCAACUUAUUCUGUAAAACCAUCAGCGAGUUCGCCCUUGAAUACCGAACAACGCGGGAGAAAGUCAUACAACAGCUUGAGAAGAAGGCAAACCAGCGGGAACGAAAAAAGACGAGAGGGAAGAUGAUUGUCGAUCUUUCAUUACCCACCAAUAUUGACACAAAAAUAAAGCAGAUGGGCAAGUUCAAGGGUACCAAGGGCUCAUCCAAGAAGGGCUCUGAGGACGAGGAUGCCCUACAACGUGUUCUUGCCAAUGGCUACACGAGUUCUGAUGAUCGAGGGCUUCCCGGCCGACAGAGAAGAAGCAGGAUGGGACCCGCAGACACAGCAAGCCUCAAAAGAAGCAGCAUGUCGGGGUCACGUGGCUGUCUGACCACUGAUUCGGAGAUGUACGACACCGGUGACGAUGAGAUACUCGAGGCGUGCGUACGUACAGCAACCACACCGUCCACACGUGCACCUCGGGAACGAAAGAAGGGCCAACGGAACCGCAAGUCUUUCUUGGAUAGGGAUAGGGAUAGUGAUACUGAUCAUUAGUCUUCGAACAGUAUUUUACUACAUAAGUAGCGUAUGAGACGUACGCUUAAAAAUGGCCUCAGCGCUGAGGAGGUAAAUGCCAUUACCCAGGCGGAAAAUGUUUGAAACUAUGGGGUCUGAAUAUUGACAAAAUCACCCUGGCUGUAAUAGUUUUAAACAAAGUGAUGUGAUUUUUCCCUAGCCGAAAACCACAGGAUUUGAAUAUCAACCAAAUGCACGCUGAUGGGAUAAAGGCGUUUGAGUGACAACACACUAAUGGGACAACAUCAGCUGACAUGUUUAAAACACCCGGCUUCGAAUGUUAACAUGCACAAAGAUAUACGUACUCUGAGCAUAUUGUUGCCUCAUUAAUUGCCAUCUUUGCCAGAAAUGGCUCAGUCUAUUUGCUCUGGAAUGAAUUGAGGCUAAACAUAUAAUAGAGUCUAUUUUUGCUUCAAUUAGUAACACAUUGUUAUUUAUUUGUUAACUGUAUGCUCAUUGUUGUAUCAUGGCAUUCUUAAAUAUAAUUAUAUUAUUAUGUUAUAAACAUAAAUCAGUGUACAAAAUCAUGUCUCUUUAUUUAUUUAUUCAUGAUUGUUUAAUUCAAAGUGCUUCUUAAAGACUAUGAUUGUUUGUGUUAUAUUUGUCAGUCUUUUUCAGAAUGAUGACCAUUAACUUACUGUUCUAUGUGUAUUUGUAUUCAGCAUACUUCUGAAGAACUGAGCCACGUCAACAAGCUUGAUACGAGACAACAUAAGUGUUCUGACCUUACUCAUAUAUGCAUAUACUUAAUAUAUAUAUAUUUAAGAAAAUCUAUAUUAUUAUAUAAAAAGCAGUGUAUAAAAGGGAGUCAUAACCGGAUCAUUUCGUUUGGUUAAAUAUGAAAUUUUGAUUUUAUCGGAUGUAGAUAUUCAUGUUAGUCAUUCACACAUGCGGUGCAUCUGGUUCAACUAAAUGGUUAACACAGAUUUCAUGUAACAUUUCUAACAAGCACAGAAAUCUGCUCACAAACUAUAGAAAUUCUUUAAUUUAAGCUUUAUUGUAAUUGUUCCUCAUUGAUCUGGUUCCUCUCUCUUUACUGUUACUGUUUACAUGUUAGCCUUGUACUUGGCUUUGUUUUGUCCAAACCAACAUAAGUCUGUUCAGGGUUUGAAGAGCCAUACUGGCCAUACUGCCCAUGUAACUGAGAACAAGCUAUUUUUUAUAAUGCUUAUGAUGUAAAUGUUAUUUUAUUGAUUCAUCUUAGCACCAACAUUGUUCAGUGAUAUAUUUGUCCAGGAAUGCAUCACGCAAUGUAUGCCAUCUUCUGUGUUUGCAUUCUCUAGAAUUUGUUGUUGUCCCAUCAGACAUGAUUGUGUAGGUUUUCAUCAAUGUUUGAUUGAGGUUCUUUGUAACAAAUUUGAACAAAGGUGUAUUUUGUAGUCACAUGUAUUUGUUUAAGAACAAUAAUUCUUUGUGUUUAUGCCUGAUGCGUCUUCCAAUACGUUGAUUUUGUUUUGCCCGCCUGUUUCAGAUAUACAAAAGUAAGCUAUGCAAGUCUCAUGUUGGAGUUGAUAGUGAUAUAGAACAUGUGAUAUUUAUCCUGUAUCUUCCCUCUAUUAUUAAAUACCUGCUGUACUUUGUUGGCUUUCUAAUUCACAGUAUGGUUCUAUCAAUUUUCAAAACUUUUAUUCCUGGUUAUUAUGCAAUAUAUUUAAAAACAAAUACCAGGUAGGUUGGAUGGAAUGCCUACAGUAAGGGUUUAUUUGAAUUUACAAAUUGAAACUUAAAUUUAAUUUUCGACUCUCCUCUAGUUAUCAUUUAAAUUCUAGAUCAUGCGAUAUUUUGACUGGUCCCAUGGCUGAAAAGUAAGAGCGUGACAUUGGUGAUUGAUCUAAAAUUGUCUUGUACAAGAUGUUAUAGACCCGCGUAUUAUUUUAGUGACAAGUUGGAUUUUUGCAUUUAUUUAUUUUUUAAUGAAAUCCACCGUGUGAAACACUGAUACUCACUUUCUUCAUUCAUUGAUGUCCACUUUUUUAUAUAAUAUUUUUAUGAGUUUGUUUGUUUUUUUGCCAUUGUAAAAAAGGAAACAUUAUACUAGAAGUCAGGGUGAAAAACCAUGUCAUUACUAAGUAUAACUGCAUCUGACUGCGCUCAUUUUGUUUUUCAAUAAUGAUGUGGCUUAGAUAUUUUGUGCAAUAGUGUUUAUAUGCUUUACUUAAGUGCGAUAUGCUUAUUGUCUUUAGUGUUUCUUGCCAUGAAAAUGUUUAUCGUCUUAAAAUUGUCUUGCUUACUUAAAGUCACUUGGUAAAACCAUAAGGAUGCCAUUACAUUUGUCUAUUUUUGUACGGAGAAAACUUACUGUCCAUGGAUUUUAGCCUAUCUAUAAACUUCUGUAGUGAUUUUGAACAUUGUACAGGUUAUGUAUAUUUUGUAUGAUGAAGUAGUGAUUCUGUAGCGUAGAAUCAUAACCAGUCUACUACUUAUUAUGCAUAAAUUAGUGGAGAUUAAACCAAAAAAAAUGUAGAUUCAUCCAUGGACUGGUGAUUGUUUUUCGACCAGGAAAUAUGCAUUAAAUGAAUUAUUUUUCAUCUACAAUAACAGAGUUACUCAGAUAUAGUGCCUACUUUAACUACACUCGUGUAUUUGCUUCAAAACUUGAUGAUGCGUUACUGCUUGCCUCACUCUUGUUCUUUGAUGUGUCAAUUGUAUCUUGUAAUUCAUAAAAUCCUUCCCAUAACCAGUUAAUAUACAAUGUACAUUUUUGAAAAUCACACAGAUAAUCUGUUUGCCAUAUAUUUUGUUAAAUUUUAGUCAGACACAGAGUAUUAUGUUUGCUGGACUUCAUCACUAAUGUUUAACUAUACAGUUAUAGAGAACUAACAGCUAAUACAUAUACUAAAAUUAAAAGUGAGGAUUUUAUAAUGUCUAAUAAUACAUGGUGGCAUUUGAGGUGGUCUCAAAUUCAUAUUUAUUUUAUUCACUGGAGCUUAUUUCACAUCCAUGACUAAUCAAUUUUGUUUUAAACUGCAAAUUCAGACGUUUAAAAAUGAAUUUCUUAAGAUAUAUUCGAACAAUAUUAUGUCAAUUACUGUUAACAACCAUUUAUAUUUUGAAUGUGACCAUUUUACUUGGAUCUAUUUAUAAACAUCACAGCUUGAUAAUCAGCUGAUGUAUGUUUGAAUUGAGUUAAACGGUACUUCUUUUGCUUCAUAACAAUGCACCAUCACUUGUAGAAAUGCUUUAAACAUCUGUUUUAUUCUGAUAGACUUAAUAUUUGAUUGUAAAAGAUAAAGGUGAUAUCUUGGCCAAAGUUCAUUAUGGAAACAUGGGAGGUACACUGGAGUCUUCUAAUGAUCAAAUAAGCUUGUCAAUUUAUGUAACCAUUGACAGUAACAUCAAACAUCGACGCCUGGUGACUCGGUACAAUUUUGGUUUCAUUUGAAAGUUUAUUGCUUGCUGAUUACAUAUAUGUAAAAUACGGGGCAGAAAAUACAUUCAGAAUCAAGUAAUCACAGUUUUAAUUAUGUGCUUUACUUACAAUGAAAUGACGUAAAUUGCAAUCUUUUAAGGUCUAAGUAGCUUGUUAAUAAUAUAUUUUUCAGUACUUUUUUUUUACAUAUUCUUUGACAUGACAUCCUUUGAAAUGGUACAAUUUUGUUUGGGUCCCCAGGCUUCCAAAAUUCCCAUUUCUGAGUAUUGGAAACAAGAACAUAGACCUGUCUUACACAACAUGACUUACACACUAUAUAGUCUCACAUUAGGGCGUAUUAUGACCCACGUCUUUCCUGCUCUAGUUGUUUGUUUAUCGCUGUCUCAUAUACUGUUUUUCAUGACCUUUAUAUUUUUACAGAACUGGCACCAACUUUAUUAUGUACUGUUGUUCAUGACCUUUGUUUUUAUACAGGACUGGCACUGAUCUUUACUGUAUUAUAUACUGUGAUGUUUAACAUAUGGUAGAUGUAAUGUAAAAACGGAAGCUGGUGGUUAUAUCAUAUACGAAGAAUUAAUAUACAUUUAUAUAUAUAUAUAUUUAUUUAAACGGGAUUAUAACCAUCUAUCAUACCAAAGCCACAAUCAUUUUAUGUUUACACUAAUUGAAAGGUAGCAAUGAAAGAAUAUUUGAAAUGGUACUAGCAGUAGUAAUAUACAUAAAUACUUCAUUCUAAGGUACCCAGUACAUAAUAUAGUUUAGUGCCGUCAUGUAUGUUACAUGUAAAUGUUUGUUACUGAUUGUGGAGUAUCGUUGUGUUCUAGUUGUUGCUAAUACAUGUUAACAAACAUAUGAUCUAGAAUUUUUUUUCCUUUUUUCAUUAAAUAAAAUUUUGUAAACAAA